AUGCUGGCCGUGUGCCCCUCACUCUGUCUGCUGACAUUGGGCGCUCUCUCGCCCACACCACCGCCAAUUUACAACAUCGAUCCCGCACCGCCAGCGACCGCGCAAACGAGCGCACCCGUCUCCAGAAUGGCCAGAGUCUAUGCCGAUGUCAACCAGAACAUGCCCAGGAGCUACUGGGACUAUGAUUCUGUCAAUAUCAGCUGGGGCGCUCUCGAAAACUACGAAGUUGUUCGCAAGAUCGGCCGCGGCAAGUACUCGGAGGUCUUCGAGGGAAUAAACGUCGUCAACUAUCAAAAAUGCGUCAUCAAGGUGCUCAAGCCCGUAAAAAAGAAGAAGAUCAAGCGCGAGAUCAAGAUCCUGCAGAACCUGGCAGGCGGCCCCAACAUCGUCGCCCUGCUCGACGUGGUUAGGGACUCGCAGAGCAAAACCCCAUCGCUCAUCUUCGAGUUUGUCAACAACACCGACUUCCGAACCCUCUACCCCAAGUUUGUCGACAUCGACGUCCGCUACUACAUUUACGAGCUCCUCAAGGCCCUCGACUACUGCCACAGCAAGGGCAUCAUGCACCGCGACGUGAAGCCUCAUAACGUUAUGAUCGAUCAUGAGAACAGAAAGUUGCGCCUCAUCGAUUGGGGUCUCGCCGAAUUCUACCACCCCGGCACCGAGUACAACGUGCGCGUUGCCUCGCGCUACUUCAAGGGUCCCGAGCUUCUCGUCGACUACCAGGAAUACGAUUACAGCCUGGACAUGUGGAGCCUGGGCGCCAUGUUCGCCUCCAUGAUCUUCCGCAAGGAGCCGUUUUUCCACGGCCAGAGCAACGCCGAUCAGCUCGUCAAGAUCGCCAAGGUGCUCGGCACCGACGACCUGUUUGACUACUUAGACAAGUACGAGAUCGAGCUGGACACACAGUACGAUGACAUUCUGGGCCGUUUCCAAAAGAAGCCCUGGCACAGCUUUGUCAAUGCAGAUAAUCAACGAUUCGUCUCGAAUGAGGCGAUUGAUUUCCUCGACAAGCUGCUUCGAUACGACCAUGCGGAACGUCUCACCGCCAAGGAAGCCAUGGCCCACCCCUACUUUGCGCCAAUUCGCGAUGAGGGCAUCCUCCAGCGCUAUCUCGCCGGCGAAGCAAUCUAG